CACGCCUAUGUACGUGAAGAAACAGACUGGAGAAUGAUGUGUAGUAUGCAGCCACGGAGGCUGGUGGACGUUUGUAUUGAUUAUGUUUGCAAGUCUUUCCAAUAUUACGUUGAAGAAGUUAAUGAUCUCACUUCGGGAAGUGGAACAUCGCACAAGUUUGCGUCAGCAGUUGUCUUACCUCUCAAAGUAGUCGAACGAAUGCUCAUGCGUCUCAACGAGCUAAACCAAAUAGAAAACUACGGCCUAUUACUUCUUGAUCAUUGUGGUGUAUCGGGAGGCCUGAAGAGGGUACGACUGCCGGGCUGUUUUGUCACAACGUCUCACUUGUUGUCGUCAAUUUCAGAUUUUCGGUAUCUUACAGACAUAAAUUUAGGAUUCUGUCACGGUCUCCCUGCUAACAGUAGAGCUAUAGAGCGCUUUACAACUUCAGCAACUCAACUCCAGUCACUCAAAUUGAAUUUCAUUGAUGGUGAUUUAGGUUUUGAACUACUUCCAUUCUUUACUGCCAUGAUAGACCUCGACCUUAGUGGCACUCAGUUGAGCACACGACAUCUUGAAGUAGCCAGCAAGGCAAUGCACUGCUUGGAGAGUUUGGAUGUAUCGAGUACACAAGUAACUUUGUUAGAUGGCUUGAAAGCUGCGGAAUCACUGCUAAGUCUUAGAUCAUUGGGUCUUCAUGACUUGGUUGUGUCGUCAACAUCUAGUAAGACUGAAUCAGUUGGUCAAGCACAAAGUGCUCUUGUUUCAUCAUUAGGUGCUCUCAAGAAGGUCACCCAUCUCGAUGUGUCAUAUCCCACAUUUUCUUCGAGUGCAUCUUUAAACGGAGAAGUUUUUUUAAAUGCUGUGUUGACAGCACCUCCUGCUUUGACAGAAGUUGAUGUUUCAGACAUAGUUCCUGAUGAGAUUCUGAAACAGGAAUUAGAAAAGUCACCACUUCUGACUCAACUAAAAUAUGUUGGUUGUAUCUCUUUGGAUUAUAAAUUUGUUACAGAGCUACAGGCUGUUGCUCCUCAUUUAUCCAUCGGCUCUCUGCAUUGUCUCCCAAGACAUGCUGGUAGUGUGCUUCGAUCUCAAUAUCUAAAACGUCUUUUGGUGAUGCAAAGUUUUAUGAAGGAGGAUUUUUGCAGGUUUCUGCUUGGUCAGGUUACAGAUAAUCUUAUCUUGACUCGCGUGGGAGAACUGUCACUUUCAGCUCUUUGGUUGUUUCGUUGCCAUUCUGAGUUGUUUGCAUCGGCCAUAUACCUGGCUGCGUGUUGUGUUUAUCAUUAUGGUGAAUUGCCACAAUUUGCUUCAUUGAUUCAUGGCUAUCUAGAGUUCAUUUUGGCUGACUUUAAUAGUUUGCCUGAAUUUCAGCACUUAUGCUUGCCACUGCUACAACAGUGCAUGUCAAGUAUCAGAAAACAUUCUGGUUUGUCUGUUCGAGUGUCUGCAUGUCUUGUUCAUGCUGUCAGAAAUUUUAAUAGCCAGAUGACAUGUUCUGAGUAUGACAUACUUCAGACUCUCCACAGAAUUGUUUCUUGGAACAGCUUUGAUGUUCGUUCAAAGGUUAACUUUUCCAUUGGCACUCUAGAGCUGCUCAUUUCUCGAUUAAAGCAUUGGUCGAGGAAACCAAUCAAAGAAAGGAAAUUAGCAUACAAAGAGUAUGCGGUUGUGGUGACAGACAUUUUGGCAGAUUUAACAGAUGGUGUGCUGAACUCUAGUCAGCACUUUGCUAAGUUGUUGUCACGUGUAGAUUGUAUAAGUUCUCUUCAACUAUCUCUUGAUGCAUUUUCAUUUAGUGACUCCAUUGUGUGGGGUAUACUGUGUGUACUUGGCAACAUGGCUGAGAAUCCAGCAGGACGUCUGGCACUUCUUUGUCAUCCAUCAGUUAUACCAAAUGGAGUCAAACACUUGUCAACAGCUUCAGUAGGUGAUAUUAUACCACUAGCAGCUUGUCAUCUCCUUGCAGUGCUACUUCAAGCAGAUGAAACUCAAUGGACUGACAGAUCACAUUCGCACAAAGACGUUUGUUGUACUCUAAUGAGAACAUUAUUAUCACUACAACUGUAUCCGGAUCAGCCAAGAAACAUUGGAUAUACAAGCAUACAACCCCUGUUAACUAUGAUGCGGUGUCAACAUGUUGAGGUUUGUUGUUUUGGAUUGUGGAUGCUUGCCAGUAUGUGUAGAAGUCCACAAGAUGGUCAUUGUUUUGCGUGUCUUAUUGAAGACAAUUGUAGUGGUCUUGACACUGUUCAUAAAGUAGACAUCCCUGACAACGUACCCAGUGUUUUCAAUGACUGCAAGACAGAUAUCAUGGAUGGAUGUAAAGAGUGGUUGAAACGAAAAUAGUGUUUUUAAGUUUUGGAGCAUGUAUACACUGUGCUUUUUAACCUUUUAUACCGAAUGGUUGAAUUAUUGUAUGUACAGUGAUUACUAGCAGUAUACAAUGAAAAGUUGACUAUUUGUAGUUGCAUGGGUUGUUUAGAUAGGUGCACACCACAAGUGAAUUCAUCUUGUAGAAGACUCUCCAGAGAGUUAUAUAAAGGUUGUCUAAGAAAUGCUGCACGUUUGUUUUGUACAA